AUGAAUCUACUCAGACCUGCACUGGGAGAAGACAGCCUUACGUCGGAAUUUCGGGAUGAGAAGGUCACAGAAAAGGAUUACCGUGCGCUGGUUGAUGAGAAGAUAUUUCAGGAAAUACCGGAGUUUCCUCUCCCUCAACCUCUUGCAGAUGAAGGCCUGCCACAGCAGCCAAAGUAUUCAGACGAUUCCACAUUGGCUAAUUUGAUCCGCUGCCGCAAAUACCUUACUGCACUUCAGGUUACUCAGAAAGGCCUGCUUACCACCGAGCCAGUACUAUCAUCACUACCGGAUAUCUUCAGCCUCUGGCAGACCCGUCUGAGGCUUUUCGACUACCUUCGACUCCCUCAGUUAGCGAUCCAAGAACUGUCGCUCCUCCCAGAUAUCGUCACGCCAGGUCCUGAGUUCCUCAACAAUGACGGGAGGACGGUAGUCUUAUGGUCGUUGCGCGUGGAGAUAGUACGAGUGAAGGCGCUGGCAGCACAGAAUCAAGUACAGGGGUGGGAAAUAGCAAUUAAGGAGUACUACGCCCUGAGCACGGAAGCUCGUGGUGAACUUGCCCGUGCAAAGAGGGCAUCGGACGCGGAACACGCAGCACUCUGGGCCGAGAGGCUCGAAGGCCUUGGGUUUGCUGUACUUUCAGCGCUAAUCGCCAUAAGGGAUUACCCGACAGCGAUUCACCGGUUGCAAGCUAUGCUGGCCUCAACACCCUUAAACAACAAGCUCCGCACUGCGCUUUGCUUGACAUAUCUGCGUCUUGGCAAUGUUGCUUCAGCACGCACCUAUGCCGGCGAAGAUUCAUCUCUGCUUGCUUUGGUGAGCAUGGCAGAUGGUCAAUGGAGUGAUGCCACCAGGGCAGCUGCCUUGGAUGAAGCACAUUCGACAGCUCUGAAUCGCACUGUGGCAGCGUUGUAUAGAGGGGAUAUCGAAGAGUCUACGACGCAACUGCGGUCGCUGCUAUCCUCUACAAACCCUGCGAUCUCCUCAACGACGCUUGAAUCAGCACUUUACAACCUGUGUACCAUCAACGAACUACGAACGAAGGGUAUGGAUCUGAAGAAGCAGUUGGCAACGGAGUACAGCAGGGAAUGCAGAGAAAGUGGAAGAUGGGAGGUGUUUAAAGUUUAG